UAGAUUAUUUCGGUUUAUACUGUAUAUUCUUUAAUCUUUUGGCACUAUAAAUUUGCAUUUUGAAACGCGUACUGUUAAUAUAUAUAAAUACAAUUCCUAUUUUGAUAAGCUAUAGUUGUUUGUUAACCGUCAUUAUAAAAUCAUAUUAUGCAUUUGAUAGUUUAAUAUUUCGAAAUGUUAAAGAUCAUAGUUUUCGGUUCGUUGUUUGUCGCCCAUUGUUUCGUGUCAUCAGAAAUCAUAUUCGAUGGAUUCGAUGAUAAAUUUAAACCGGAAUGGUGGCAAUCAGAUAUCAUUUACCAGGUGUAUGUGAGGUCUUUUAAAGAUUCCAACGGUGACGGAAUAGGAGAUAUUAACGGUGAGAAAACUAAAUAGAAAUAUUAUCUUUGAAAUACCUACCUAUAUAUACAAUAUAUUUGAUUAAAAUUGUUACACUAAAUACUUCACCAAUCUAGGUGAAGGUUUAGAUGACAAUAAGGUUUGUUUUAGAAAGAUCGGAUCCCAGGGGUACCAAAAUACCUAUUUUAAACAAAUUUUUAAAAUGUUAACUAAUGAGAUACCUGGUACAUGCACGCGCAAUAAAAUUUACAAUUUUUUUUUUAAAAAAAAAACACCUAUUUUGAAUAGGCACAUUAAUUGAAUAACCCUAUAAUUAUUUUUUCUUUGAAGCAACUUUGAUUUUUACAUACUUGUUUAUAUAAACAAUUUCACGGGUAUAGCCAUUUAAAAAGUUUAAAAAUAUAAUUUUUCAAAAAAUGUAAUAUUCAUGUUAAUAUAUUUACGUUACUUUAACCGCUAAUCCCUCCUACCACUAGAUUUCGAUUUGUUUAGAGUCAAAACUUAGCAUCGAAUGAGCAUAAACUUUCAUGAUUAAUUUUAAUAUUUGUACGAUACCGAGCGUACAUUCUUCACGUAACCAUGUACUCAUUCUAAAAUUAUACUUAUUACUAAUAAUAUGUGGCAAUUGGCAAUGUUUUAUGAGUACAAAUAAAUGUAAAAUUAAAAAUGAAUACAAAUAAAUAUCAUAAGCCAGCGGCUGUAUACUUUUCAUUUUCGUAUCGCACACCUAACACUUUGUAUUAUAAACAAUUUUAGACCUUUGUGUAGAUAAUACUAUAAAUUAUAGUGAUUAUAGGAAGGUUGGAUAUAUAUGGGAAUUGAAUGUAUAUCUGUACGUAACGUAAUUAAUCUUUGCUAACGAAAAACAAUUCUGAGCGGAGUUCAGUUGUACAUGUUUUAAAAGGUCGUAAUAUUUACGAUUUGAAAAUAAUACAAUUCGUUAAUAUUCUCAUUCUCCCUAUGUUUUUUGCCCGGGAUUUCCCAUUUAUUAUAAAAACAGUUGAGAAAAUCAAAAAAUGGUCUCCCUAAAGUACCAUCUCAGUUAGAUUUUUUUCCGAAAAAGUGCUAUAAUUGAAAAUCUAAACGAAAUUUCUGGUAGAAAAUUUGUACACAGAAAAAAAAAUUUAAAAUAAACAUUAUUGUAAAACCAAUAGGUACAUUUAUCGCUCCGCUCAGAAUCUAAAACAACUUAAAUGCACAUUAUCAACUUUAACCGGUAACAAUCGAUUUACCCGCGAUUAACAAAAAACUAUUUUAGGACUUUUAGGUAGGUAUACAAAAUUAAUAUUAUAUUCUUUUGAAAUAAAAUACGUAUUUAACUAGGUAGAUUUUUUAAACGGUAUCGAAUUUGUUUAUUCGAUUUUGUCCCACAGCAAAGAUCGUAGAUAAUUAAGUAUAUAUUUGUAAUAAUACUUUUGUCAUCUAAUUUACUCGAUUUUUUUCAAAAGGCAUUGCUGAAAAAGUGGAUUAUUUCAAAAGUAUAAACGUCGGCGCAGUGUGGUUGUCACCUAUAUAUAAAUCACCCCAAGAUGAUUUCGGUUAUGAUAUAUCAAGCUAUAAGGAGAUCGAUCCGUUAUUCGGUACGAUGAAAGACUUUGAACGCUUGAGAGGCUUACUCCACAGUAAUGGUACGUAUUAGAAGUUUUUCUAUUUUCUAUUUUAUUAUACGGCGUUUGAAGGUCUGAAGAAAAUAUUGUAAAUUAUCAAAAUGCCAAAAAAACAAGACAAUUUCGAAAAAAAUGUUUUCUUAAUCUAACCAAAAUUAUUUUGAAUAUGUAUAAUAUUACAUUAUAUUCAUAAUAUAAUUUAUAUCUGAUAUUGUCGAAACUCUUAAGUCCUAAUAGGUAUCACAAAACAUAUAUUAUAUAUAAAAUAUAUUUUAUUAGAAAAAAUUGAAUCCUAUCUAUCAAAAUUGCUAAAAUGAUUUUUAAUUUAAACAAAUAACAAUUAAGAACCAAGUAUUAAACUGACUCUAAAAUAGAUACCAUGAAAUAUCUAGUGACCUCGUGCGCACGUCUAUGCCUAUGACAGUGACACACAUCGGCAGUAUCAGCGUUUUUUUUUUUUUCAUUUGUGUGUAUUCCGUAGAUAUCAAAUUAAUAUUGGACUUUGUGCCCAAUCACACGAGCGACGAACAUCCGUGGUUUCAAAAUUCAGUAAAGAAAAUUGAACCGUACACGAAUUACUAUGUAUGGAAAAAUCCAAUAAACGGGACAGACGGAAAACCACGGCCUCCAAACAAUUGGGUAAGCAAUGAAUAGAAUCGUUUAUAGUGUUCUAUAUAUACAAAGAUGGAAUAAUACGUAAUGCCGCCUAUCUCGCAGUUAUUUUUAGAUUUACGAUAAAAUUUUCAUUUGAUGCACAUUCAAUAGUUUAUGUCAUUGGUUUAGUGUGUGCGAAUACGCGAUCGUACAAUGUUAUUAUUUUAUUGUUUAUACAAUUUAUAAUGACGGCCCCUUCAGCCUGUGCGGUUCAAAUAGCAAUUGAUCACUAGGAUUUCAAGUCAUUACACAUCCACCCUGUAGACCAGAUUUGGCCUUAUGCAAUUUUUUUUUUAUUUCUCAAGCUUAAAGAACAUCGCGAGGGUAAAAAAUUCAAUUCUCACGAGAAAGUUUAAGUUGAAGUUAAAUUGAUGGUUCAAUGUUCAAACUGUAGAAUUUUAUCUGAACGGCAUUUCUAAACUAUUAAAUCGUUUGCAAAAAUCUUUUGCCUUAAAAGGCAAUUAUGUUGAAAAAUAAUAGUAUGUAAAUAAAGUAAUUCAUUUACUAUACAUGUAUUUUUAAUUCAUUGUUUUAUGUAUAAUAGAUUUGAGUUGCACGUUAAGCCCGUUCUCGAAUAACAUGUCCUGACUGAUUGAUUCGUCAUUACGUAGGCUAAACCACAGGACGAAGCUAAAAUUUGGCAAGCAGAUAGCUAUUAUGACGUAGGCAUCCACUAAGAAAGGGUUUUUGAAAAUCCAACCCCUAAGGGGAUAAAAUAGGGGUUUUAGGUAUAUUUGGUUAGUUUUACGAAAAUCUAAUUGCUUAUUUAUUUAUAUUUGUUUAUUCAAAAGUUACAUUGGUGAUACGGAUGAUAAUUUGGCUGUCACGGAUAAAAAAACUAUUAUAAUUACUAGUAUUAAUAUUAUUUACACUAUUCAAAUUUUACAAAAAAAAAAAAAAACACUUUUAGUCCACCUUCGGUGGACUAUCCACAUUCCACCUAUUUUUUUUUUAUUCGAUUCCGACAUGGUCAAAACUAUUUAUGAAUAUGGAUUAUAACAAAAUAAUAAAAAUUGCCACGGAUGAGGGACAGCUAGUGUUAUAAUAUAAGCCGCUUACUUUAUGUUGUACGAAUACGAAGUUGUAUUGAAAACACUAUUAUAGUAAAGUGUUUUUUUUUAAAGAAAUGUUCGCAUUGCUUUGCAGUUGGGUGUCUUCAAUAAAGGUUCUGCGUGGAAAUGGAACGAAGAACGUCAGCAGUACUAUUAUCACGCGUUUCAAAGAAAACAACCAGACUUGAACUACAGAAAUCCCAUGGUUGUGGAAGAAAUCAAAGUAUCAGUUUUCCAAUUAUACAUACUUACAGUAGUUAUUAUUUUAUUUUUUAUUAAAUACCAACCCUUGAAAUACAGAACACUAUAUCCUAUUGGCUGGGCCGCGGCGUAGACGGGUUCAGAUUCGACGCGGUUAAUUAUAUAUAUGAGCGAGAAGAUUUAUUGGACGAAGAUCGAUCCUAUAUCCCGGGUAUUUACGAAAGCGAUUACGAUUAUUUGAACCAUACAAGCACGCUCGAUCAACCGGAAACUUACGAAAUGGUAAAAAUAUGGAGAAAAUUAUUGGACACCGAAACUGACGAUUAUACAGCAGCCGGGGUAAAAUCCAAGUGAGUAUUAGGUAUAAUAAUAUAAAAUAUAUUAAUGCCCACACCGCAAUGACGAAAUGUUUCUCGACUAUAUAAUUACAAUAUUUAAAAUUAUUCACGUACUUUACAUCCCCUCCCCCCCUUAGAUUUUCCAAUACUAUCACCUGUAUUUAGUAGGUCAUUUGUUUGAUAUUUUUCAUGAUUUGUUUGGAUUCCCUACGGUCGUUUUAUUCGAAAUACAAAGCAGGAGCUGUAGAAAGUAAAAACGUUAUUCGCUAGUAAAGCACUUAUAAUAUAAAUUUAAUGCUAUUUUUAGAAUUAUAUUAUUUUAUAAUCAUAACUGUAUAAUACCCAAUUUCCAUAUCUGUUCGAUUUAAACAAUUCCCGUGCAAUGAAAUGCCUACCAUUGGAUAACACAAUGGAUCGCGUUAUCAGAAAUGUAUAGCGUGUAUAAACAGACCUUGGAAUGUACGUUUAAAAUAUAAUUUAGUUUAUAAGCUUAAAAUUGACCUUAGUAAUUACAUUUUUGAUGAUCUCUAAAAUAUUAUAUUCUUCAAACAUUAUCAGUAAAUCUUUAAUUUUUGUUUGUUUCUAGUCUCCGAUAAAUUAUGUUAUCUUUUACUGAUCCAAAGCUAUUUCAUUAUAUUUUUCUUUUAAGUACCAAAAUUAUAUUUUUAUCAGUUUUUUUUUUUUAGUGUCGGUAACGUUACCCUAGCACCUGGGACCAAUAAUUUUAUCAAAUUUCAACCACGCAGUAUUAUGUAUUUUAUUUAGUACAACCAAAAUUAAUUUCGCUUAAUCCUUAAAAAGUUUCAAAAUCCAAUUUUAUCCAACCAAAUAAAACGAUUUUGGACACAGAUCCAUUAAUUAUUAUUAUUAUGCUGUACAAUAACUCCUGUUUUAGAUAUCCAGUGAAGAAGAUAGUGAUUUUAACGUUUUUACUACGACGUUUUGACCAUCCCUAUUCUUCAAUUUAAAAAUAAACUUUCCUGUUUAAGGUUUCAAUAUCCAAGUUAAACAAAGUUUCUUUAAGGUUCCAUUUACUAUCAAUAGUCUGCUUUGUAAUUUCAAGCUUACGCCCAUAUAAAAGUUAUAGACUAUGGUCAAUGGAAUGGUUUGCGGCUCACAGUGAUUUAAAAGUCGUAAUUAUGAGUUUUGACUUGUUAACAUAAUAUAAUAAUGUAUAGUAAUAUAAUAUUAUAUUACUUAAGUAUAAUAAAUACAAAUACGAGUUAUAAAAUACUAAUAAUAAAAUCGUAAACAACAGACAUUUAAAUAAAAUCCAUUAGUUAUAGAUUAAUUAGAUAUUUACCGAUUCUCGUUUCGUCUGAUAAAAAUUCGACUAGAACUACAUUUCGGUAUUUUAUGGGUACACAUUUCGAUUAUUUUCGACUCCCCACAAUUAUGAAUAUUAUGCUCUGUUUUAUUAUCAUUAACCUAUAGAAAUUUAGUUUAUGAAAAUGUGCUUGUUAAUAGCGAACGAAAAAUAUUCUUACGAUAGCAUAGUCUUGUAGUAAAUAUACGUAAUCAUUUUGUGUUCUCAUUUUUACAACUGUAGAUUUUUCAUGGUGGAAUGUUACUCACCACUAAAUAAAGUCAUGGGUUAUUACGGUAACGAAACGACGCCCGGUGCCCACUUUCCGUUUAACUUUUUAUUCGUUCGAGAUCUAAGCCAACAGUCCGACGCAUAUGCAGUGAACGAUAUGAUUAAAUCGUGGAUUAAAAAUAUGCCCAAAAACAUGUGGCCAAACUGGGUGGUGAGUCCUAAAAUGGCGAUAGAACCGAUUUUACAUAAAUAUUAUUAUUUCGCACUAGAAAUUAAGAAAAGAAAAUCGAUGUCAUUUUUAAUUUUCUUUCUUAUUUUAAUUAUUUAUUUAUGGUUUUUAUUAUAAAAUACAGGUAUCAGUUUUUCUUUUUAAAUGUCGAUUUUAAAUACAAGUAUUACAAAUUGCGGGGACGAAGAGGUGGAUUGGAAGUGAAAGGAUGAUGGUAAAGGUGAAGAACGGUGAAUGUUGAGAAUAAUGGUGAAGAUAGAUGUGGUGCUAUAGGUACGUGAUAAAAGAUAAAAUGUGAUGUGUUAGUGAAAUCUCACGUGUUCUUUUAUUGUCAUCGUAGAACGGAUUUUUUUGGAAAAGUAAAUUUGACUUCCGUCAGUUAGGGUCAGAGUAGAAAAAAAUAGGUGUCCUAGGAUAAUUAUUUAUGAUUAUGUCUGAGCACUAACGAGUUCAUAAGUUAAAUAACUUAACUUUAAUUUAACUCAAUAAAUUGUUUUUUUACUAUUAACUUAAUUUUUAACUUGAGGAAUAAAAAAUAAUUCAAUUUUAAUCAACUAGAGUUAAUUUUAUAUUUAAACAAUUAUUAUCAUUAUUAUCAUUAUAUUAUGAAUAUUUUAAAAUAUCAAUUGUUAUGAAUGCCUGUUAUUUUUUACUGUUGUCACAGAUUAGGGGUUUUAGGUAGGUUAUUAGGCCAAUAGUAGUUAAGUAAUAAACAAUUUGCUCAUUUUGUUUUGUUUUUAAUUAACUUAACUUGAGUUAAAAAAUUAGUUUAACUUCUAAUUUAAUUGAAUCGAUCGUUUUUUUUUGAAUUAACUUUGUUUAAAUUUAACUUAACUGAGUUGAAAAAAAUCAUCACUUGCCCAGCCUUGCUUAUGACGAACCUUGUAUUAAAUUUUCAAAAAUUUUAACUUGGGAAUUUUGUCAAGCAGUAUCUCGAAACAGCGGAAUUUCUGUUUGGUAAUUCUUUAUUUGAAAUAUUUCUCGACAUUUUCAGUAGUUCACAUCCUAUAUCUUUUUUUGUAUUUUGUAAAUUUCUGGGUUAUCUGGGAAAUAAAAGAAAACACGACUUAUAUACUACAUUAAAAGUCAGUUCAGAAUCUUUUUUUUCGUUUGCAAUUGUUUACAUUUGCAUACAGUUUAUAAACUACAUUAUUCUGUAUAAUAUCUUAUAGUAUCUACCUUCUGAAAUCUUUAACUCCUUCCCCUUCCCUAAAAAUAAAUUCUGUUUGCGCCAUUGAUUACCUCUACAGAUUAUACUUUUUGAGUUUCCCACCUGCAAUAACAGUGGUACACCUAUCAAUAUCUAUCAGUUCUGUAUUUAAACGGUUUUUUUUUUUGUUUUUAAAUAUAUUUAUUUUAGAGAUAUUUUAUUUUUUGAUUCUGACUCUAACCUAAAUUGAUUUCAUGUUAUCGAAAAGAAACGUUACCGUGAUGACAAAAAAGAACACGAGAAAUUUCGCUUACACAUCGAAUUUUAUCUCUUAUCAAUAUCACGUAUAGCACCACCAUCACCUUCUCCUCCUUCAAUACCACUUUCACCAUUACAAUACUUUGAUCAUCGCCACCCCUUCACUCCACUCUAUCCCAAUUCAUUUACUAAUAAUAAUUUAUUCGUAUCGUAAAAUAACAAAAAAAAAACAUUUAUUUUAUUAGUGCAAUUUGACCGAAGAGAAAAAUUCUUAAUUUCAGUAGUGUUUAUUGAUCACUGUGUUAUAACAAAGAAAUAAUACAGAGUCAAUAAUUACUGAAACAUCAGUAGAUACUCAUCACUUUUUCGGGAUGGGAUGACUUUUUUCAAAAUUGUCUUUGUAAAAAAUAAAAAUAGUUAGUAAUGGCUUUACAAACAGGUUGGAUAUAUAAGGGCGAGGUGUUUUAAUACUAUAUGUACUCCGAAAAUAGUCAAUAUAUUCCGAGAUAACGAUGAGUGUCUUAUAUGGAAAAGGGUGAUCGCCUUGACUAUAUUGACUAUAUGCAUUGAUCGAUUCAGAUCGGUAAUCACGACCAGCCAAGAAUGGCGAGCAGGAUCAGUCCGAUGCUGGUGGACGGCCUACACAUGAUGCAAUUACUGUUACCGGGCACACCUAUCACCUAUUACGGGGACGAACUCGGCAUACAGAACACGUACGUCCGGUGGGACCAGACGGUCGACCCGGCCGGUCGUAACGUCGGGCCACUGCGGUACACAAAAUUCAGCAGGGACCCCGUGAGAAGUCCGUUCCCAUGGGACGAUUCGAAAAAUGCUGGUAAGUACCGCGGAGAUUUCACUAAAAAUUGGCGGAGUUUUUCGACAAUGAAAAUAUAUAAUUGGUCGUAAUAUUAUAAAAUAUUAUUGAUAUUUGGUCUUUGUCAUACCUAUUAUACCGAUGUUUCUGUCCGCAGGUUUCACCAAUGGGUCGAAAACGUGGUUGCCGGUAAAUCCUGACUACUGGCAAGAAAACCUGGCGGCACUGUCCAAAACCAAGAGCCAUUUAAAAACGUAUAGGCAGUUAACCCGCCUUAGAAAAAUGCCCUCGUUUAUCAAAGGAAACUUGCACACAUACGUGUUGAGCAAAUGGGUGUUCGGUUUUUCAAGGUUGGUACGAGGUUUGUCAUUCUCUAAAACAUAAUGAUUUUGAAGCUCAUUUACUAGACAAAAAUUGAAAAACGACACGUGCCAAUUAUACAGAUUAGUGGUAAUUUUUCCGAGCUCAAAUCUUAUAAAAAAAAAUUUGCUAUGGUGUCACACGCGAGUAAGGUUGUAAUUUUUCCCUAAAAUUGUUACAAUGUAAAAAUGUAACAAUUUAAAUUGAAUGUGAAAAUAUUGCAAUGAAAUAGGUUAUAGUUAAAAAAAUUACAUGAAAGAACUAAAAAUGUAGCCACAUUAUUUGAAUUUAAAAAAAUUAAAAUUGACUUAAAAUCAAUAAGAUUUUGUUAUCAAUGGGAUUUUUAUUUUACUACAUUAUAUAGUAUUUGAACAAAAUAUUUUUGUACAAAUGUGAAAAUCGUGAUAGUCAUGGACACAUACAUGUUUAGCUGAACUUCACUCAGAAAUAUUUUUCUUUAGUAAUGAUUUAUUGUUGCGUAUUGAUAUAAAUUGAAAUAAUCUAUAUAUUAAUACAUAUAUUGUUUUAAAAUUUAACUAAAAUAAGUAUUUGAGUAAUUCAUUCAAAUCAUAUUUAAAUAUGGUUACAAACACUUUUGAAAACUAUUUAUAAAUACUUUUUUUACAUAUUAUCCUAUAGGAAGAGUCAUUAGUAAUUUUUUUAUUUUUUUAUAUAUAAAUGUAGGUAUUAGCAUUAUAUUGGUUUAUUAUCCGAAUAGGCAGUAUACAUUAUACAAAUUAGAAUUGUGAAUUCCAACAUAAAUUAAAUUUUCAAACUGAGAUAAACUUAAAUUUUGAACGUGAAAAACCGUUUUAAAAAGACCUGAUACUGGAGAUGGUAGCGGCCACUGUUGUAGAUGAGAAGUUGGGAAGGUAAUAUAUAAAAGGUUAUUUCAUUUAUAUCUUUAAGAAACGAUAAGCCAUUGCUGACGAAAGACGAUUCCGAGCGCAAUUCGGUAAUACAUAAUUUAAAGUGUCGUAAUUAUUUUUGCGAUUUUCGUUUAAAUUUGAUUUCAAAACGCUUAUUAAAAUAAAAAUUACCAUGUUUUUUUGGUAAAAAACGUUGUCUGUGUUUUAUAAGAUAUUGAAAUGCUGAAAUUGUACGUUUUCCUAUGUUUUUCCUACUUAAGUGCUUUUAUUUAAAAAUGGCGUUAAAAAUCAAAAAAUGAUCUGUUAAAAGUAGCAUUUAGACAACUUGAGCUUUCAUAAAAGUUGCUACCCGUAAAAAUCGGAACAAGUUUACUACGAAAAAACGUGUUCACAGAUUAGAAAAAAAAAAAUAAACAUCUUAGUAAAACCAAUAGCUCUCUCGCUACAUUCGGAAUCUAAAACUGUAAAGAUAUUUUAAAUGAUUAUUUGAUUUCAAAUAUAAAUUUUUUUGAGAAAUAUUUAAAUUACAAUAACAAGUCAUUUGUGUAGAAGUAUUUAAAAUAUUAAUUUGAAUAGUUAACAAGUACUUGUAUACUUCUACACAAAUACUUUAUAAGUCCGUUCUACGUUCCCAAUAUGUAUUUUCGAUUAUAUUAUUUGUUACUCUUAAGUGGUAAAAUUCGAAAUAUCACCCUUAGAUUUCUGCCAUGUCCCUUGUCAAUAUCUACCAAUAUAGUGUUGAUCAAAUUGUAGAUCCGGUAUGGUGGGUAUACGAACAGUUGCACGCUAUAAAAACGGAUCUUUUAUAAUAUAACACGAACAUUAUUAUAUCCGGUUAAAUGUUAAAUUAAAAUAUUAUAAAAUGAAAGUAGGCGCGAACCGGGGUGUGUCCGGGGCGGUAAAAUAAUGGUAAUCAAAUUCGGAUAUCAAUGCAUGGUAUUUCCGGUUAAGUAAAUAGCGAAAAUCGGUAGACCGCAUUUUAAAAACUGUGGGGGGGGGGUUAUUAUUAUGUUAUAUUUUUAGGGUGUUAUUAUUACCGUAUUCCAUUUUAAUAUUAUGGUAAAUAAUAUCACAUAUGUAGGUCCGUAUUAAAUGGGUGAGAAAUUUACAAUAGUGUGGACAAUGUCAAAAAUGUUGAAUAAUUUUGAUAAGAUACAGCAACUUAAUAAUGUAUAGGUGUCCAAAAUGUUUACUACUACCAACAUUUCAAACUAUAUUUUAUAUUAAAAUAUAGACUUAUAGUAUAACCAAUAUAAAUUAGUUUCUUUUAAUGUAAUAAUAAUUAUAAUGCGAAUGAAUGUCUGGCAACUAAAAUAUUAUGUAGUAUUUUUUUCAUCAUCGCAAUCCGUCGCACGUCAUUUAUAUCAACGGAAAUGUCGAGCGGAUACACAAUAUUAUUUUUGUUUGGUCUUGGUUUUCAGUAAUUAUAUUGUUAUUGUAGAAAAUUGUUUAGCAAUCACGAUCAUAUUUCCAAUAUUUUAAACAUUUUGCAUUCAAAUGAGAGUCUCUUUUCGAAAAUUUAAUAUGUAACGGUACGUCUUGGGAAACAUCUUAUAAAUAACAAAAUAAUAAUGUAAAAACAAAACUAUUAAAAUGGUUAAUACUCGUAAAUAAAUAUAGUAAAGAAAUAUAUAAUUAAAAAAAGACGAACAUACUUCGCACGUGGGUGCAGCCACUGUUGUAGGUGGAAAGUUGGGAAGGUAGGAUACAGAAGGGAAAUUAAUGUAUGUAUGUAAGCAACGAUAAACCAUAGCUAACGAAAAAACGAUUCUGAGCAGAGUUCAGUUGAUAAUGUUGCUUUGUCAACAAUAUACAAGACAUAUUAUGGUAAAAUUAUUACAAUAUACGUUUCCAUAAUAGCAACGGUUGUUUAAUAAAGAUUAAAAUACUUAAUAGAAACUUAAUAUUAACGAAAAAUAAAUAAAAACGUUAAACGGUUGCCAAUGAUAACCUUAUUUUUAAUCUUUCAAUCUUUUUUAACCUAAUGUUUUCCUAAUUAUCUCGAAUAUUAAUGAGAAUUUCAAAAUAUGACUUCUUUAAAGUACUACUUAGAGAAAAUUUCCUUUCAGAAAAUGUGCUAUACUUGAUAAUCGGAGUAUGCUUUCUAGUAGAAAAGGGUUUACAUAAAAAAAAAAAUAAUAAUAAACAUCAUUAUAAAACUAAUACAUUUCUUGUUUCACUCAGAAUCUAAAAUUAUGCAUAAAUUUAUAUAUAUAUAAAUUAUUUCUAUGUAAAAUGACCAAUUUGUACAAUUAUUUUUUUUUAUUUAUUUGCAUUUUACAUUUUGACUGUGAUGUAGAUGAUGUUAAAUUUUCGAAUUCGAAACUGGUCGUAUAAUACAUUUAUUAUAUUACUCCAGGCGAUGCACUCAUUAAUUUGAUUAUUUUUUAGUUUUAUAUAUAAUUUUUUAUUUAUAUUUUUAUUUACUAUAUUUAUCUUGUAAAUAAUAUCGCUGAACGAAAUGACUAAAAUACCUGAAAAAAAAAAAUCAAAUUUACUGAAAAUUGGCGUGGAUUCAAAUGUUUGGUUAGUGGUAAAAGAAUUACGUACCCUGUAAUUAUAUAGUUUGAAAACCGUGCAUACAAAUGCAAACUAUAUUACCACAAUCAAAAUGAAUGUACAUUGUAUACGUACUCAUAGGCGUUAGGUUUUUAAAACGUAUGGGAGGCUAACUAUUUUAGAUAUUCAUAUACAGUUUUACCCGAAUACAUUCCAUAUAUACCUUAUAACCUCAGCUUGUCAAUUUCAUGCUGCAACCCCCAAGCCGCCCCCUAAAUGGCAUCCCUGAAUGUACUCGCAUUAAAUCUUGUUAAUUUUAUUUUUUAGGAGUUUUUACGACCAUCCAACGUUCUUUGUCAUCAUUAAUUUUGGUAGCGAGAUAGAAAAUGUCGAUAUAAAAUCAGUUCGAAAAACUUUACCAGACAUCAUGAAAGUCAAAGUUUCCAGUACAAAUUCAGGUUAUGUAACUGGGUAAGUAUAUUAAAUUAAAUAUAUGGUAAUUAAAAAAAAAAAAUUGAAAUUACAUAAUAACAUCAAUCCAAAAAAAUAAAAAUAAAAUAUAAAAUGUUUGUGUACAUUUUUACGGAAUAGCUUGUGUCUAUUUAAAGCUGCGUCCACACCUAAGAAACAAUUCAAAAACGUUUGUCGAACGUUUGCUUGAUGUAGACGUGUUUUCAAACCAAUUUGUUUGACAAUAAUCGAAACAAAAAUGUUCGCUUGCUAAGCGAACAUUUUGCGUGUUUGUUUGUACUUGUAUUUCGAUGUACCUUUAUUGAAAUAAUUAUAAACUCAGUGUUAUAUAUAUUAUUAUUUAUUUCAGUUAUACAUAUUAUAAAUAAUUAAAAUAGUUUUAAAUGAUGAUAUUUAUUAAAACAUUUAUUUGAAUAUGAUAAUUAAUAAUAUGAUGUACAGUACGUAUCAAUACGUGACAGACUAUUUAAACAAAUCACUAUUUUAUUUUUAAAUUAUGCAUAGUUUUCCAGACUAUAGAGAUAUAAUGCAAUAAUAUCGCGUUUAUAAAUACAUAUUUUGUUAUAACCUAUAUACAAUUUCUAUAAGUUCAAAUGAGUCUGCGUGUGGCACCACACACGGAGAAUAGUAUUUUUUAUUUAUAUAGUUUUAAAUAAUUUACCGACUACCGAGUCAAUUAAAGUAAUUCAGAAUUCAAAAUCACUCCUAGACAUUCUGGUAAAAUUACUAAAUAAAUCACCGUCAUGUAAAUCUAAAAUUAAAUUCUCAUCACUGUAAAUCUUUCUUCGUUGAAAAAUUUUUCUUUCCCACUACCUGUUUUUGUUUUUCAUUUUUUUUUUUUAAUGUUUUAUUACGCAUUAUAACGGACGCAGUAGCGCCAAUGCAGCACGUGACUUGUUCUAGAUCUGACAUUUUCACGACUGUUGGCAAACAUAUAGCGAACAAAUAAAUUAUGAACAAGCGAUUGUUGUCGUGAUAAAAUGUUUGACAAACGUUCGAAAAAUGUUCGGCAAACGUUUGGCAAAUGUUCGACAAACGUUUGACAAACAAUGUUUUCCCAAAUGUUUGUGUGGACACACCUUAAUAUUAAAUGUUUCGAACGAUUUUGAUUAAUCAAUAUUCUGAUAGCUGAUAUGUUUUUCUAACUUUCAUUUUUCAGUAAUUUGUUAAGGAUCAGCAACAUCUUGUUAAGACCAAAGGCAUCCCUCGUGCUUUCAACGUCGAGACUAAACGAAGAUAGUUAUAAAUGAUUUUUUUUUUUUUUUUUUUUUUUUUUUGAUUCUGAAUUUAGAAUGUAUUUUUCAUUCAAUAACAAAACCCCAAACAAAAUAUUGUAUUAGUCCAACCCAUUACUAAUAAAAAUAUUACGCUGUUUAAUAAUGCAAAAUAUUGUAUUCAACUAUA